AUGAUUGAAAAUCGAAAGGAAAAUUUCAUGUCAUCAAGGCACUUCCCCGAUCAUUGUGCAUCAUCAUCAAAUGGAAGUUGGCAGAAAAACGUAAACUCAGCAGCACCAUACAUCGUACAAUAUCAGCAAGACAGACUUUUAAUUGAAUUACACGUGAACAGUUGGAGAAAAGUCAGCGGAUGUCUUUGUCUUGUAGGAAAAACGAAAAAGGAAAAACUCUAUCGUUUUCAUAUUAGCAGACAACCGGAAGAAAAUAAUAUUGUAGCAAGUUAUUUUUCCUUGUUAGCCAUCGUACACUACUCGACUAAAUGUAUAACUAAAGAUAAAGCUUUAAAUCUUUGA